GCGUCGAAGGCAAGCGAAGGUCCAGCAUGAUCGAGUCGAUGGUGGCAUACGAUGCGACGACGUGGGCGCUUGACGCGGACGAGAUCCUUGGCUUUCUUCCUGCACUGGGUGCUGCGUGCUGCGCGACCGAGGACCCGCCCAUCUCGGCGCAGAAGCGGUACCGGAAGCGGCAACAGGCCGAGGUGCAGCGCCUCCACGACGAAGCGGCGGAGCUCAGCGCCCACUUGACGAUCCUCCAGAACAUUCGCCGCAUGGAAACUAGCCAAAGCUCGUUCUGGGAGAAGAAGGCGCGGCAGCAGCGGCUCAGCGUGCGCAAGGCGGCGCAAGAGAACGCCAAGCUCAAGGAAGCCAUCGACACGCAGCAAAAGGCGCUCGAGGCGAUUCAGCAGCUUCUGCACAAGCCGCUCAAGCUCACGGGCGCAGCCAACGUCGAGCUCCUCAACACGAACCGGCGCUUCCUGCCGCAGGACGCGAAUGCUCGACAUGCAUGCUUCCACGCCAUGACCGACGACGUGUACGACCACGCCGACACGUUCCUGCUACGGCGCGGGCUAUACGACGGCAGCCACGGCCACAACAGCAUUUGCAUCGACAGCGCCAAGCACCAGGACACCAUCUCGAUCGAAAUGCAGUGGGUCAAAGACUCGAGCAUGGGAUUCCGCGAAGCCGGCGACCGCUUUUGGUCGCUCUGGUACCAGCCCGAAGGCAACGUGAUCAACAUCAAGAACCUCGCCACCUUUGGCAUCGACACGGUGUACGUGCAGUUUAUCGAUGCGAUCGACGGACUCGCGCCGUACGCGCAGCGACUCGCGUGCAUCAAGCGGUUUGAGGAGCCCGACCGCGUCGUCUUUGUCAUGCAGUCGGUGCUCGAGGACGCUGCGUACCCCGUGCCAAACGACCUCUACACGGCCAACGACACCUUUGUGUUUGUCGCCGAGCGUGUGACCGACACGACGUGUCGCCGUCGGUUCUGCCUCGCUGGCGAGCUUCCGUUGGUUGCGCCGCCCGGAAACCCGCUCGCUGGUCUCUCCAAGCCCGCGAUCUGUGACCGCCUCUUGGACGAAGCCAAGCGCGUGUGCGUACUCUUUGAUCACAUUCUUGGCGACGCUCCACUGUGAUUGUCAUCGACCGCCAAAGACACCAAGACACCACCUAACGUAUAUAAAUAAGAACUAGACUUGUACCGACUAGAAUUCAGA